AUGCACCAACCCUCAAUCUCAUCAACGCAAGUUCUUCCAUCGUCGUCUUCUGAAAUAACAGAAGCACCCACCUACCUCACCCAGCACCCCCAAAAAGAGAAUGCCAGUGUGAGUACGACCAUUAGUACUGAUACAAACAAUAUCUCUUCAUCGGAUCACGCAUCAAAUUUAUUCGGAGCUGAAAGUAAUGGAGGGGGUGCUUGUUGUGGGAAUAAUGAAUUGGAUUCUUUCAAUGGAUUGUGUUUGGAAUGCAAUCAUCAAGAAUCAGAUUCAUCAUCGUCCACUCACAAUUACAGCAGUAAUGAUAUUACGGACGGUAACAGCAUCAUGAACAACAGCCAACAUAACAUCUGUGUUCAUGAAAGUGGCUGCUUUUCUGAUCAUGAUGAAAAGAAACAACAACAACGAACGCAUCACGACAAUGAUAACAUAGUCGUUCAUUCUUCUCAACAUCAGCCUUCCUUGCAACUUCUCACGGUAAAUUCUUCUUCAUUCCAUCAGAGAAGAGAGAGCAAUGGCUCUUCUCCGACGACUCCACCAACAAACGCAUUGCACAGUAACAACAAUAACGGAGGAAAUUUUGAACUGACUCUUCCUCCUUUAAAUGUAUCAACAAUUUCUUCUGCAGAUAAGUCAUUAGCAACGCCAACUACUUUAAAUGAUGACGGCGUUGCAAUGAAUGAUGACACUCCUUCUCCCACCACUGCCAAUGUUCGCCACAAUGUACUACAAAAGAUUUCCAAAUGGACUGAAUUAGACAACUACGGAACACCUUUAGAACCUACUCACAUUAUUCCUUUAAAAACGCCCAUUAAAACCAAAUUUCUGGAAUCAGCUAAAAAGUGGCGACCUUUUACAUCUGAAGACUUUUUGUUCGGCAAUUUGAAAAAAGGAUACGCUGUUGCUGGCAUUGUAGAUUUAUCAAAUCAUGACUGUAUUUAUGAUGUAGAUAAUGUUUGUGUGCCAAAAUAUCCAGACACUUUUUGGGCCGAAUUGAACAAGAUUUCCUUUGGAAGUGAAGCAAAAAAAGAUACAUUUUUGCGAUUCAUUGUCACGGCUAAACACGCAAGAAAACUCUCCAUUUAUGAGAGUUUCUCCGAGGAAAUGAAACGCCUUGUUGAUAAUACGGAAACUGAGCCAUUGCACUAUAUCAAAGUGAGACUUGUGGCUAAGGAAAUUCCGGGUAUUGAACAACAAACGGACUUCAAUCGAGUGAUAAAUAAUUUCUUUGAGGAGUUUCCAUCGCACUACAUUGGAGUGCACUGCUCGUAUGGAUUCAAUAGAACAGGUUUUAUUUGUUGUGCUUAUCUCAUUAGUGAAAAGCAUCUUUCAAUUGAUGAAGCUCUUCACGUUUUUGCCAAAAGUAAGCCACCAGGUAUCAAGCAUCAUUGGUUUCUGAAAGCAUUGAGGUUACGGUACGACCCAACACAUGCACCAUUGAUAGAAGAAGAAAUGAACAACUCGACGGAAGAGUUUUCAAUGUAA